AUGGGGUGGCAACAUUUGAUCUACGAGCUUACUGGUUGGGCACCCGGUCAGGAUUGUUUUAACGGUGUUAGUAGGUUGGAAGUAAAAAAAUUAAUUGAAUAUAUUAGAGGCUUAGAUGCCAUUACAGACCAGACCCCAGAAAUUGAUGUGCAAAAGCGGGUUAGGAUAUACUUGCUAUGGCUCUAUGGCGGCACGAUAUUUCCGGAUAAGUCCGGUGACUUACUUAAUUUAGACUAUUUGCUUGACAUGCAUGACCUUAGAGCAAUGAGUACACAAGCUUGGGGAGCGGCUGCAUUGUCAUAUUUGUAUACUUGUCUAUGCCACGCUUCGAUGAAAAAGGCCAAGGAUGUGUGUGGAUUCAUUUCCUUAUUGCAGGUUUGGGCUUGGGAGCACAUUAUAUCGAUGCAGCCACCAUGCAAGGCUCUUCCACCACACACGGCUCUUGCACGAAAGUGGACUCAUCGUAAAUCCUUUGAAAAUGAGGCACGUGAUGUGCUACCCAUAUGUAGGGAUGUAUUGGACAACCUAAUCGAUGGCCAGUUUGUGUGGCAGCCUUAUUCAGAGACCAUCAUUAAUAGACUCCCUGAGUGGUGUCUGAGUGAGACUAUAUUAAACCAAAUAUUUGAUUAUUUUGCACAAUGUGAAUCAAAUAACCAAGAUCCUACAAUUAAAUUGGGUCGACCUGAAGUUCGUGAGGGCAACAAGAUAGUCUUACAGGUGCCUAGGUUCUCAUCCAGAGGUCCGAAUUCCUUUGCCCCCGAAAUUUUGAAGCCCGACAUUGCAGCUCCUGGUGUAAAUAUACUCGCAGCAGUUCCCCCUCCCAAAGGAGACAAUGGAUUCCAAGUCCAAUCCGGAACAUCUAUGGCAACUCCUCAUAUCUCAGGAAUUGUCGCACUCCUUAAAAUUUCACAUCCUAAUUGGUCUCCUGCAGCUAUCAAAUCCGCAAUUGUAACUACAGCAUGGAACGAGGACACAUAUAGAUCUGAGAUCUUUUCGGAAGGAACAGGAGGCAAAAUUGCUGAUCCAUUUGAUUUUGGAGGUGGCAUUUGCAAUCCAAAUGGAGCAAUGGAUCCUGGCUUAGUCUAUGAUAUGGAUAAAAAUGAUUAUUUGAAUUAUCUUUGCAGUUUGGGUUAUAGUAAUGAGAAGGUUCACAAUGCAACUACACAUUUUUCCAAUACGAAGAAUUCUACUGUACCAGGCAUUAUAUGUCCCAAUGAAGUACCUUCUAGGUUGGAUUUGAAUCUCCCUUCAAUAUUUAUUCCAAAUCUUAAGAAUUCGGUAUUUGUCGGAAGAAGCGUACUAAUGUUGGAAAUGUCAACUUUCUGUAUACAAACUAGUGGUUAAACCUCCGAAAUCUUGCCAAUUAAAGUAAGUCCACAUGUCUUGAAGUUCGAUUCCAAGACAAAGAAGAUUUCGUUUGAAGUCACAAUCACAUCUACUCACCAAAGAACGAGCAAAUUCACCUUUGGAAGUUUGGCGUGGAUUGAUGGCAAGCAUUUUGUUAGAAUUCCUAUUGGUGUAAGGAAACAAAUAGAUGUCUAAAGAAAAAGGUAGCAAAUUUAGCUUUGAAAGUGUGGCA